GAGGGUAAGUUGCUUUAUUUGGCUUGGAGAGAUUUCUAAAUAUCUCCAAUUAAAUUUGAUGUGUGAUUUGUUAAAUGAAAAUUAUUUGAAUAAUAAUGUUGUCCACUUAAGGUUGAUUUAGCUUUAGAGCGGUAUGUAGCCAUAUAUUGCUGUUUUUGUAGAAUUUCAUAUUUUGUGUGAGCAACACCACCGCACGAUACAAUUGUUGUGAGAACACACUGUUUUUGUCACUCACUUUGUGCCAAAGGAAAAAAGAUCUCGAAGUUCAUUUCGCUCUGAUUUCUCCACAGACUCAUUCAGCCUUUCCCAAUAUGACCGAGCUCAGUCAACUGUCGAAACAGCAGAAUCAUACCUGGUUUGGGGCCUCCCAACCCACUUGGAUCCAAAAUGGAGUUGUUCCUGAAUGGUUCUAUUGGAGAAUUAGCAGGAAGGCUGCCGAAGAUCUUCUCAUAUCCAAGCCUCCAGGCUCCUUCCUUAUCAGAGUCAGCGAGAGCAGAGUUGGAUACACUCUCUCAUAUCGUGCCGAGGGUCGCUUCAGACAUUUCAUGAUUGAUGCCAAGAAAGACGGCUCUUGCGCCAUUGUGGGUGAGGGAAAGUGCCACUCUAGUUUGCAACAACUGGUGGACUUUCACCGAAAGGUCCCCAUCGCGGCCCACAACGAGGUGCUGACUUUCUCUUGUGGACAGGCCUCAACUGUAUGGAAGAAAUACAGCAGCAACAGUUCUGUGCAGUACAGCACGAGUCAUGUGAUAUCGAAAGAAAAUCAAGAACAUCACAAUAAUGAUGAGACCCACAGCCAUGCACGUCCAGCCAUGCCUGUUCCAAAGACCAGGAAGCGAUACAUCACUGACAUCACUCUGCCCGUGAAACCUCUCGAAACUCCUUCUAAGAAUGUGCUCACACCCCCCAACAAGGAGGUGACCCCCGCUCCCAUCGUUGACCACCACAAUGAGACGAACACUAAGACUGAGGAUCUGCAGGAGAUGUCCUGGGUGCAGCUGUUCGACUCUGUGCUCUCCCAUUAUGACGAGGACGAGGGCGAGGGCGAGAACCUACCGCAAGAGUACUCACCACCUCCUCCUUUCGCACCCGGUUACCAAACAAAAGAAGCAUGACGGAGAAAACACAGCAACCGGAUUAUUUACCGGAUUGCAGAUCGACCCUCUGAGAGAGGCAAAACCCGAUUAAUGUGAAUGCGCAAUUCAUCCACGCAUCCAUUUUCUCCACCAGCAAUUGUCAGCGUGAUUGUGUGUACCGCUCGUGAUAUUUGGGCUCCCUCCAGCGGUACAUGAAGGAAUCGCUGCUUGAACAGUUUAGUUAAUUGUAUUUAAGUUUUACGUUCAUUGUGUUUGCAUUUAUUCUUGAAGAGCUUUUUGUUUUUAAUCAUUUAUUUAGGAAUUUAUUUAAAUGUUAUGUGAUGUACAUUCAAACUGUAUUAUUAUUUUGCUUCCCCCCACCAAAUAUAAGCGGAGUGUUCAUGAUCAAAUUUUGCAUAAUGAUUCAAUGACUUAUAAUGUUAAACUUUUUGGAGUAAAAUCGUGGUACUGCGCUCGCAUCUGACUUUAGGCCAAAGUAAAUGAUGUCCUGGACUGGUCGCCAUACAGCUGCAGAGCACCUAUACACACAAUCAAGCAUCCAUGCUCGCACAAAUGGACAAUUUAGAAAAGCAAACAUGAAUGUUUUUGGAGUGUGGAAGGAAGCGGUGAUUACGUGCAAAAUAUAUAUAUA